GCGCAACCCAAAAACCACAAGAAAAAAAAAAAAAAAAGAAAAGCCCCCUGAGGAAACUUCUUUCUAUUGGGCCUUUUCCAGAAUCGUCUCGAAGGCAAUGGCCGAGACCACCAGCACCGAGAGAUCCACUGGCACUGUCAAAUGGUUCAGUGCCCAAAAGGGUUUCGGUUUCAUAGCUCCCGACGACGGCGAAGACGACCUUUUCGUCCAUCAAACCUCUAUCCUUUCCCAAGGCUUUCGCACCCUCACCGAUAACCAACCCGUCGAAUUUGCCGUCGAUUUCGGCGAAGAUGGUCGAGCUAAGGCCGUUGAUGUAAUUCCUGUCCCCCGAUCUCGCCGCCCUUCCCGUGGCGGUCGUGGUGGUGGAAGAGGUAGAGGUGCUGUCGGUGGUUAUAGGAGAGGUGGUUAUGGUGGUAGCAUCGGAGGAGGAGGUGGUGGCGCGUGUUACAAUUGUGGGAGGAUGGGGCAUUUGGCGAGGGAUUGUUACCAAGGUGGUGGGAGUACGAGAUACAGUGGCGGUCGUGGAGCUGGAGGUGGAGAUGGUGGCGUAGGUAGAAGAUACGGCGGCGGCGGCGUUGGUGGUGGUGGUGGUGGUGGAGGAGGAGGAGGAGGAGGGACAGGAUGUUUUAAUUGUGGAGAAGAAGGUCAUUUUGCAAGGGAUUGCCCUAAUAAGUGAUCGAGGAAAGAAAAUUGAAGAUAUCUAUCGCUACGUUAUUUUGGGAGUAUUGGUUAUUUUUUUUAUCGUGAUGUUUCAAAGGGAUUUAUCAGCAAAAAAAGAAGAAAUCGGAAAGUUCUUUGUUUUUCCGAUUAGAUUUUUCUGUUCCCACUUGUUUCUGAGUGAUUUGGUAACUUCGGUAAAAAAAGAAAAGAAAAGUUUUUAUUAGUUUACUUGAUGUGUUAUUGUUAUUGUUCUUCUCUUAUUCUUAUCAAUUCUUGUUCUUUUAAUCAUUUAUUCAUAGUCUUUACAUGUGCACUAUGAAUGGGAAAAAAGAGUUCUUCCUUGAUGUAUGUCUGUUUAUGUUGAUUACUUCAUUGUUUUUACUGGUUUUUUUAGUACCCAUUUAAGUUUGAUGCUUGAAAAAAUAUAUGUACAUGUCUUUGGGAUAUCAGCGGGUAUUAAUAUGACGGUCCUGUCUUUUGAAAGAGAUGGUAGUUGAUUUUGGAGUAUGUGGAUAAAAUGUCUUAGCAUUUUGUACUUUUUUUUAUCUUGAAACAUAAACUUUGUGGAGAUUUUUUUUUGGUUGUUUUAGAAAAUCAUGUCAUUGAAAGGUACAUUGAGAGCAAAAUACAAUUUUAAGAUUUUCUAGAGAUUCGCGGGUCUCUACUUGCUUGUUAGCUGCAUUAUGUUAUGAGUAUCUUAAAGGCCUUGAUGAAGCAAUCCUGACAGAUAUGCAUGAACACUCAACUUAUCUAUUUCCUUUUGGAGAAAGAUGAGGACCAAAUCAUCUAUGUGUGGUGGGCCUUAUAAUCCUUAUCCUGCUUUUAUAACAUUUGAGAGUCUUGGAAUCUUGGUAGAAUCACUGGUACACCGGGCUGCAAAGAGUACGGCAUCAAGGACUGGAUCUAGCCUCUCCCUAACCCCCCUCCCCUUCUUUUGCCUGGAAUGAAGGGAUGCCAGUUGCCUCGGAGGACAAGAUCUUCAAGAUGAGUUGGGCUACGCCAUUUCCUGAGGCGGAAGAUUCAUGUUGCGUAUCUGCAUUGCUCAUUGCUGAAAUGCUGAAAAACUCUAUUAACCAGAAGCAGACACCACCCCCCCCCCACUUCCCCUGUGAAGAUUCAGUGAGAUGAUACAAACUGGACCUCUGAAUGUGACAGUAGCAGCAACUGGGCUGGAUGUAUAUGCCGCUUUGAUUGUCUCAUGAUGGUGCCCAGCAGGCCCAGAAUUUUUUACCCGCCACAUAUAUGUAUAUAUAUUUCUUUUUUUCUUAAUUUGACCAUUCCGUUUCAAAGUCUUAGGACAAAACAAAACGACAGGGGUGAUCUCACCUUAUGCAAGCAGCAUGUUUAUCAGAUGGAUCUUUUUAAUC